GGGCUGCCGCCGGGACGGAAGCCGAGAGGCGCUGCCGACCGCGCCUGCGACAGCGUCAGCUCUGCGCGGAGCGCCGGCCCGAUGGCGGCGGCGGCGGCGAUGGCCGAGCAGGAGAGCGCCCGGAACGGCGCCCGCAACCGCGGCGGCGUCCAGCGCGUGGAGGGCAAGCUGCGCGCCAGCGUCGAGAAGGGCGACUACUACGAAGCGCACCAGAUGUACCGGACGCUCUUCUUCAGGUACACGUCGCAGAGCAAGCACGCCGAGGCCCGGGAGCUCAUGUGCUCGGGAGCGCUGCUGUUCUUCAGCCACGGCCAGCAAAACAGUGCUGCGGACUUGUCCAUGCUGGUCUUAGAGUCUCUGGAGAAGGCAGAAGUGGAGGUGGCCGACGAGCUCCUGGAAAACCUGGCUAAACUGUUCAGUCUGAUGGAUCCCAAUUCUCCGGAGCGAGUGGCUUUUGUGUCCAGAGCCCUGAAGUGGUCCAGCGGGGGAUCCGGGAAGCUGGGCCACCCCCGGCUCCACCAGCUGCUGGCGCUCACGCUGUGGAAAGAACAGAAUUACUGUGAGUCUCGGUACCACUUCCUGCACUCGACGGACGGCGAGGGCUGCGCCAACAUGCUGGUGGAGUACUCCACCUCCAGGGGCUUCCGCAGCGAGGUCGACAUGUUUGUGGCCCAGGCCGUGCUACAGUUUCUCUGUUUGAAAAACAAAAGCAGCGCGUCGGUGGUGUUCACAACGUACACGCAGAAGCACCCGUCCAUCGAGGGCGGGCCUCCGUUCGUGCAGCCCCUGCUGAACUUCAUCUGGUUUCUGCUGUUGGCUGUAGACGGGGGCAAGCUGACAGUGUUCACAGUGCUGUGUGAGCAGUACCAGCCGUCCCUGCGGCGUGACCCGAUGUACAACGAGUACCUCGACAGGAUAGGACAGCUCUUCUUCGGCGUGCCGCCCAAGCAGACGUCUUCCUACGGAGGCCUGCUCGGGAACCUUCUGAGCAGCCUCAUGGGCUCCUCGGAGCAGGAGGGCGAGGACAGUCAGGACGACAGCAGCCCCAUCGAGCUGGACUGACGCCGCCGUCUGGACCUGCGUGGAGACGCCCCGACCGCGAGUCCUGGACGCGGGUCCCCACGCCCAGCAGUUCCGAGGCGGUGGUGGCUGCGUGUGGGCGUUUCUCUGUGCGUUGGCCGCGGGCCACGUGGCUGUGCCGUGGGCUGCGUGGCGUGCCGGCUGGGCUGCACCGUGUACUCACAGAUCGACCCACAAUAAAGCUCCGGCCUGGCCGCGCCUCCACCCUCUCCCCGUCCUCUGUUUCUCGUGUGCUUUGGGAGGGCCCAGCGCUGACGGGCCUGGUGCAGGCGUGCCCGUCCCUGCCACAGACGGCAUGCGGGAGCCGUGCCCCUCAGACAGCGGGAGGUGGCCGCUGUCGGGCCAACUGCCCGUGGAUGUCCUGCAGUGGCCUGUCCCCCGGUGUCUUGGAGCACGCCGGGGCAGCAGCUCCGGGCCAAAUCCCGGGAGCCUGGGCCCUGCGCCGAGACACGGCCAGUGGGAGCGCGUCUCAUGAAGGGCGCGGCAGGACUGGCUGCCUUCCAGGACGCGGUAUUUAUUUUCAUUGCUGAUUGAUUCUUUUUUGACCUGACAUUUUAGGUUUGAACCAAAUAACCAGUCCAGGGAUGACCAAAUCCGUCCUUUCUCACUGAUGCUACACCACAGGUUCUCAGAAUAACUGCAAAAGGGGAAACACUUUAUUUUUUCACAAUUAAAGUAAGAGUUGUAGAUUAAUGCACAGUGAUCAUGCAUGGGAAGGAGCAAAACAAUACAAUUUAUUUACUGUAAAAAUGGACUUUAAAGGAAGGUUUAUGUUAAUUGCUGAGUUUAAAUAAAUCCUUUAUACUGGG